UUCACCUAAAAAUUUAAUCUUUUUUUAAGGUAUUUCAAGUUACAAUGUUCUCACUUGGUAGCUAAGGAACUCCUUAAGGGUGUGUUUUGAAUUGUUUGUAUUGUCUUCUUGAAAGUCUUGAUGUGGAUGAAAAUAACCAUAGGCGUGUACAACAUAAUAUGCUUUUUCUUUUUCUCUGGAACAAGGACGGGUUGUUUCUGAUAUUUGGUUGUGUAACAGUUUCCCGUAUUUUGUUUUUUCUGUUAUUCAGUUUCCCUCUCUGAUUCCAUUCUGUUUUUUUUUGUGCAUUUAACUGAAAUCUUUGAAACUAAGUUUUCUAUGCUUUAAAUAUGUUGAAAUCUCUCAGCUCAAGUAUCAUUCAUAUUAAACAUUUUCUUUUUUUCAUUUUGCAGAUUCUGUAUCAUAAUAAUAGGGAGGAACACAAAUAUACUGUCAUAAAGUCAUGUGCAACGAUGAUAUAAUAGCUUUCAGAGAAGCUGUUGAAAAAGACGAUCAUGAGGUCGAUGAAGUAGGGUUGUGGUAUGGAAGGAGGAUUGGCUCAAAGGAAAUGGGAUAUGAAGAGAGGACACCUCUCAUGAUUGCUUCUUUAUUUGGCAGCAGGGCUGUAUUGUCUUAUAUUCUCGAAACCGAUCGUGUCGAUGUUAAUCAAGCGUGUGGAUCGGAUAGGGCUACUGCUCUUCAUUGUGCUGUUUCUGGUUGUUCUACUGCUUCUGCGGAGGUUAUCAAGCUUUUGCUUGAUGCACGUGCAGAUGUUGGUUCUGUUGAUGCGAAUGGUAACCGGUGCAGUGACUUGAUUGUCAUGAUGUCUAUCUCUGGUUCAAGGAAGAGGAAACUACAAACCAUACUAGAAGGAAUCGAUGAUAUUGAUGAUGACAGUGAUUUCCUUAAGGAAGUAGGUUUCCAAAUGGAGAAGCAGCAACAAGAUAUCGGUACACCUCAAAUCGAGAAGAAAGAUAAUCUGAUUGAUCUAUCCCUACCCGACAUAAAUAAUGGGAUUUAUAGUACAGAUGAAUUUAGGAUGUAUAUAUUCAAAGUGAAGCCUUGUUCAAGGGCUUAUUCUCAUGAUUGGACCGAGUGUCCCUUUGUUCAUCCGGGGGAAAACGCAAGGCGCCGUGAUCCGAUGAUAUAUCAAUACACAUGUGUCCCUUGUCCUGAGUUUCGGAAGGGAUCAUGCAGUAAAGGGGAUGGUUGUGAAUAUGCACAUGGUAUUUUUGAGAGCUGGCUUCAUCCUGCUCAAUAUAGAACAAGGAUUUGCAAGGAUGAGACUCAAUGCACCCGAAGAGUCUGCUUUUUUGCUCACAAACCCGAGGAGCUUCGCCCAUUGUAUGCUUCUACUGGUUCUGCUUUGCCUUCACCUAUAUCCUAUUCAAAUUCACCUACUGCUUCUUCAAUGGAUUCUUUCAUAUUGAGCUCUCCGUCCAGUUCGAUACAAUCCAUGUCGACUUCGCCUUUGACUCCAUCAGCAGCGUCUUCCCUUGCAGGUGGAACCAUGUGGCCGACUCAGUCUCAUGCUGCGGUCCCUAUACUUCAGAUGCCCAGAAGCAGAUUGAAAACUGCAUUGAAAGUUAGAGAUAAUACUGAAUUUCUUGAAGUUGAAAAUCUCCUUAUGCAGAAGCUAAUGCUUGAAGAGAAUACAGGUCUUUCAUUCCCUUCAAACAGGGUUGCAGCUGUGAAUCCUGCUAACCUAGAAGACAUUCUCGAUUCUCAGAUACAAUCUCCAACAUCGACUCAUGUGCAUCCGAAUGUGACUCAGCAACUUUGGGGCUUUUCUUCUGACCUUACCAAUUCAAAUGUGAUUGGUUCACCACAGACUCUAGAUCCGUCUUCGAAUUCAUUAAAUGAUGUCUUGGCAAAGCGGUGCCAGAGUUUUAUCGAGCGCAGCAGCAUGGCGAGCUUUAGUUCUAAGCUUCCUUCUGCUACCUCAGUUGCUAUGGAGCCAUAUAGUAACUUCUCUGGUUGGGGCUCCCCUGAUGGAAAAUUAGACUGGUCCAUCCAUGGUGAUGAACUGAUUAAGAUGAAAAAGUCCUAUUCUUUCCGUUUACGAAACCAACUUAGCAAUUCAUCAGUGAUUUCACAAAGUGCUGAUGAUCAAGAUGUACUACUAAGUCAGGAAUCAUGGGUUAACUCACUUGUGAAGGACCCACCAACAGCGAAAUCGGAUCCAUAUUGUGUUGAAGUGUAAGAUCAACUGCAAUGCCAUAAUCCAGAUGAAGUUCUGUGUUGGCCCGAACAAUUGUACAUGGAGCAUGAGCAGAUAGAUGGUGGUGUGAGUCUAAUUUUAACUCUUACAUUGGAUUCUAUGAGCAUCCCUAGACUAACUUAUGUAUGAAAUGAUUAUUAUACUGUUUUAAUUUUAUAGAUGUUGAGUAUGUAUAGGUGACAUUUUCUUGAAAAAAUGUAAAAUGUAGAAAAUACAAAAGUUGGACAGAAUGCAUGUAUUUUGCAUCAGAACCAACUUGUUACUACUACUAGGGUAUUGUAUAUUGCUCCCUUUUUACUCUUAAUUUUUUGUUUUGUUACAAGUUAUGUUCAUUUGAGUUGUAAUUUUUC